GAGGCAUUGGUUUUGGUUUUGCACUUGGUGGGCUUCGUUAAGUUAUUUUGCUGUUUCGGUUUGGUUGGGAGUGGCUAGGUAAUGCUGAGUACUUCAUCGAAAGAAAUGAACAUGGAGCUAGCAAGGGAAAGCAUUGAUAUGUUUCUGAACAACCGUGUGGUGGAAGCUGAAGAACUCUUCCGUCAUCACGAUGAAAACUGGCAUGUCAGGAUGGCACAGUGUUAUGCUGCUGUCAUGAGUGCUGUUGUGACAUUUGAAACAGCUCAGCUGGAGCAGACACUGCAACUGCUGAAGGUGACAGAGAAGGCUGUGGCACCUGGCUCCGGCCUUGUCAGCCAGCUAAAGAGCAAGCUGAAGGGCACUGAGCAGCUCCAGGAGGCGGAAGUGGUGGAGCUGCUGGAGCGGCAGAUCGUGGUGGCCGAUUGCCAGGUCUGUGCUGCCGUCCUCAACUUCCUGCAGCAGGACCUGGGCAGCUGUGUGAAGGGCAGCUGGGGACUGCGGCGCGCCUGGAAGACCUACGACAGGAUCUACGGCCAGAUCAGCGCCAUGUACCGGCAGGUGCAGCAGGAGGUGCCUGUGGACGCGGCCGAGCCGGGUGAGCCGGCCGGGUGUGAGCCGCCGCCGCUGCCGGCGCGCCCGCUCCUGCCCACGUCCUCCUCCUCACCGAGCCUGAGCGCGUUCCUGCGCUGCGGCGCGGUCUCGGCGGAAGCUGUGCGCGCCCUCAUGGGCUCCGUGUCGCUGGGCUACGGUCUGUUCCAGCUCUGCGUCUCACUGCUGCCGUCCAAGUUCGUCAAGGUGGUCCAGCUGCUGGGGUUCCAGAGUGACCGGUCGGCGGCGCUGGCGGCGCUGAUGUUCUGCAGAACCUCGCGGGACAUGAGAGCGCCGUUGGCCAGCCUGGCGCUGCUGUGGUACCACUCGGUGGUGCGGCCCCUGCUCUCGCUGGACGGCCGUAACGUGGCAGCCGGCGUGGCCACCUCCGAGCUCCUGCUGCGGGAGACGGCCGGUCGCUACGGACAGGCGGCGCUGUUCCAGUUCUUCCGCGGCCGCGUCCUCCGCCUGCAGUCGGAUCUGGAGGGCGCCAUCGCAGCCUAUGAGGUGGCAGCUAGCCAGGGUCAGCAGCAAGAGGUGCGACUGCUGUGCCUCCAUGAAAUAGGCUGGUGCCGGCUUCUGCAGCUGGACUGGGUCGGCGCGUUCGUGGCGUUCUCCGAGCUGGCGCAGCAGUCCCGCUGGUCCCGCGCCUUCUACCACUACUUGGCCGCUGUCUGCUCGGGCGCCUCAGGCGAUGUUACCCUGUCGGCCGGCCUGCUGUCGGCCGCGCUGCCGCCGGGCGCCGGCCGGCCCGACCUGGACGCCUUCCUGCAGCGACGCACGGCGGCGCUGCGGCACGGCGGCGUGCUGGACAACACGAGCCUGCAGCAGGCCGAGCGGCACUACCGGCGCGCGCUCGUGCUGGGCCGCGACGACCGCAGCCGGCCGCACGUGGCGCCGCACGCCAGCUACGAGCUGGCGGUCAUGUACUGCGGACAGCCGCAGCGGCGGGCCGAGGGCCGAGCCCUGCUAGAGUCGGCCCGCGACGCCUACAAGGACUACGACUUCGAGUCGCGGCUGGGCGUGCGCAUCCAGUCGGCGCUGAAGCGGCUGGAGAAGGUCACCAGGGAGGAGAGGGCCAAGUGAGCUCACAUCGGCCGGCCCGGUGCGCGGCGCCGCAGUCGCCAGCGCUUCAGGAUCGGCGUGAGGCCACCAGAAGGCGGUGCCGACUGCUGCGAGGCCCCGUGCCGAAACUACACGUAGGUCCCAUCGUUGGAGGUUGCUCCUCAGGUGUGGGACAGCGGUGGGUGGUGAGAGGACGGCGGAGCACCGGGAUACAAGACGGAGCCCGGAUAACACCCUGCAGUGAGGCCUGGGGUCAGACCGGGCUGAGGGUC